CUUGCCUGUCAUCCAUGACUGUGUCCCCUCUGCACUGACACACAGGCACAGUGCUGGCUCUUCUUUUCCAGAAGCCCCUGCUAAUGAAUCAUAUCUGUCCUUUCGGAUGAGAUUCCACCCUCCACAAUGAGUAAACUAGAGCUCCCACCUAGAGAUCCACUGGAUCUCCCGUUUUCCAUCCUAGAAGUUGGCAUAGCGGGGCGAUUGGAACUGAUCACAAAACCUCCGGCAUCGAAUGGUCCUUCUUUCCCUUUAUCUACGAUCCCCAACGGCUUACCUCCAUAUGAUGUUGAUUUGUCUGACGAAGUGAUCCAGAAAUACCUAAGAGACCCCGAAUGGCUUUCUGUCCAUGACUUUGACCGGAGCCAGAGGUCCUGGCCACGUACCAAGGAUGUGAGCUCCUUGUUCCACAUGGACAUCAGUGCUCCCCAGACUGAUAUCAGCAUGGAACGUAACUCUGCUACGGGAGAACUGCGCAGAAUCAGUGAGGUCUCUGCAGCCCACAUCGGUCUCUCAGCACAGAACUCUAUGUCCCUGCGACGACCUCCUGGUCCCCCGUCUCAGUCCGUCAAGGGCAAUACUUCCAACUUCCCUUUCUGGCCAGGUGGAAUGGAUGAACCAACACUUGAACAAAUUAAGGCUAUGAGUGAAGAGGAUGAAGCCCUGGAUUUUGAGAAAGAUCUCUUAUCUACUCCUCCUGGGUGGAAAAACGGAAUAAAUUUCAAGCAAUCGGAUGGAUUGAGGCCCUCGGGGGUUCUCUCCCUGGUCAACCUACUCGGGACUCUGGAAGAUUUCACGCUGGCAGACUCCAGUGAGGAUGAAGAUGAAGCCAAAAUAAAGCAGAAACCCAAGGCAGACAAGACGGAGGGACUUCCCAGGAGGAAUAGCCUGGAGGAGCUGGGCGUGGAGACGGUAUCCUCUGCUCCUGCGCCUCCUCCCUCAGCCUCGCCUGUGCCAGAAUCCACUCAGGAACAAUGGGCUUUUCCACUGAACAGCCACCUCCCCGUGGAUGACUUCUACAAGCGUAUUCCGGACCUAGCUUUUAAGCAUCCAUUUGAACUGGACCUUUUCCAGAAGAAAGCCAUUCAGUGUCUCGAAGACGGUUCCUCUGUCUUUAUUGCAGCUCACACAUCUGCCGGGAAGACUGUGGUAGCAGAAUAUGCCAUAGCGCUGUCUCUGAAGCACAUGACCAGAUCCAUCUACACCUCCCCCAUAAAGGCUUUAUCCAAUCAGAAGUUUCGAGAUUUCAAGAUCACAUUUGGAGAUGUUGGACUGAUCACGGGGGAUGUCCAACUCUAUACAGGAGCGUCAUGUCUUAUAAUGACCACAGAGAUCUUACGAUCUAUGCUGUACAACGGUUCCGACGUCAUUCGAGACUUAGAAUGGGUGAUCUUUGACGAGGUCCAUUAUAUUAAUGAUGCAGAGCGUGGCGUCGUAUGGGAAGAGGUUCUGAUCAUGUUGCCAGACCACGUAAAUAUAAUUCUGCUGAGCGCCACAGUCCCCAACACCGUAGAGUUUGCAGACUGGAUUGGGAGGAUAAAGAAGAAGAAGAUCUAUGUGAUCAGUACCACCAAGAGGCCGGUGCCGCUGGAACAUUAUCUGUACACGGGGAACAGUCAGAAGACACAGAAUGAGUUUUUCCUGCUGCAGGACGCUUCCGGAGCUUUCCAGACCAAAGGCUACUAUGCUGCUGUUGAUGCAAAAAAGGAGCGAACGUCUAAAUAUUCGCAAACCUUUGGAGCAAAACACCCACAUGGAGGUGGAGCUGGGCAUGAUAAGGGCACGUGGCUGUCUCUAAUCCAGUCUCUCCGGCGGCGAGAUGGCCUUCCUGUGGUGAUUUUCACCUUCUCUCGAAUCCGGUGUGAACAGAACGCCUCAGCAUUGACCACGGUAGACCUAUGCACGGCAUCGGAGCGGAGCGAGGUCCAGACGUACUAUACCAAGUGCCUGAGCCGACUGCGUGGGAGUGAUCGCCAGCUCCCGCAGGUGCUGCACAUGCUGGAUCUAUUAAAGAGAGGAAUUGGAAUCCAUCACAGCGGAAUCCUUCCCAUCCUGAAGGAGGUGGUGGAGAUGUUGUUCAGCCGCGGACUGGUCAAGAUCCUGUUUGCCACGGAGACUUUUGCCAUGGGAGUUAACAUGCCCGCUCGUACGGUGGUGUUUGAUUCAAUCCGAAAACAUGAUGGCACCAACUUCCGAGACCUGACUCCAGGAGAAUAUAUACAGAUGGCCGGCCGUGCUGGGCGCCGAGGUUUGGACACUACUGGUAUGGUGAUAAUAUUAUGUAAAUCAGAUGUCCCGGAGAUGGGCGAUUUGCACAGGAUGAUGCUGGGCAAGCCCACUCAGUUACAGUCUCAGUUUCGACUCACGUACUCUAUGAUCCUGAAUCUACUCCGCGUUGAAGCACUGAGAGUAGAGGACAUGAUGAAGAGGAGUUUUGCAGAAGCCAGGACACAAAAAAACAGCAAGGCCCAUGAGCAGCGAAUAAAGGUCCUCACCAAAACGCUGGGAGCUAUGGGGGAAAUUGAAUGCUCAGGGGACCUGGCCGACCUGCAGGACUAUUUCUUGACUGUACAGGAACUCGUCCAUACCAAAGAGACCUUACAGAAAAAGGUGGUCGAGUCCAUCAAUGGAAUGAAAUGCCUGAGUGUAGGCCGCAUCAUCAUCGUCAGCACAGAAUACCACCCAUGGGUACCCGGGGUCAUCCUGCAGGUGUCCUCAGAUGCCAGUAACAGGAUUUACACCACCUUGGUGCUGUGCGAGAAGAAGCGGGAUGUUGGAACGCCCUCAGCAACAGAGAGAGGAGAGAAGGAUGGCAAGAAGGCACCGUUCCCUGACGAUCUCCUAAUGGGCAAAGUGUUCAGACCUGAAGGCCCAUCUAACUACAAGCUUCUCAAGCUCCAUGCAUCAGAUAUUCUCAUGAUAACUGGGAAAACUCUGAGAGUCCAUGGUGAUAAAGUGCUGGAUGACGUUGCCAGGAGCCAAAACCCACGAUUCAGGAAUGACCCUCCGGGCCCCGCAGUAUCUGGGGUGACUCAGGAGCUAUCUCGCCUUGCAGACUUGCCUCCGGGGUCACUGACCUCCUUGUGCCCCAUAAAUGAUCUCCAGCUGAAGGAUCUGGAGCUGGUGGAGUCAGUCAGUCGGAUGAGGAGACUUGAAGGAGCAGUACGGGGAUUCAGCUCUCCUAACAGCCCUCGAUUUACCUCCCAGUAUCUACGUCUGGAACACAGAUCACAAGUUCUGGAUGAGUUGGAUCGUCUGCGCUUCCUUACUUCUGACCAGUCACUGAGCCUCUUGCCGGAGUACCAGCAGAGAAUCAAUGUCCUACGCACUCUGCAGUACAUAGAUGAUGGCGGUGCAGUACAGCUGAAGGGCCGGGUGGCCUGUGAGGUCAGCAGUCAUGAAUUGCUGGUGACUGAACUGGUUCUGGAUGGGACUCUGUCUCCUCUUAAUCCUGAUGAGAUUGCAGCACUGCUAUCAUGCCUGGUCUUCCAGCACAAGACACAGUGUGAGCCGCGGCUAACGGACACCCUAAAGGAGGGGGUGAAGAAGGUGAAGGAGCUGGCCGAACGAAUUGCGCUGAUUCAACGGCAAUGUGGCCUUAGGGAGUCAGUGGAGGACUUUGUGGCACAGUACAAGUUUGGCCUGACGGAGGUUGUGUACGAAUGGGCACGUGGAAUGCCAUUUGCAGAAAUCAUGACCUUGACUGACAUCCAGGAAGGCCUCAUUGUGCGCUGCGUGCAGCGACUGGACGAAGCGUGUCGGGAUGUUCGCUCUGCCGCUCGAUUGGUUGGGGACGCUACUCUGUGUGCCAAGAUGGAUUCCGCCUCACAGCUUAUCAAGAGGGAUAUAGUGUUUGCUGCCAGCCUGUACACACAGUGAUCUCUCACCAUAAGCAUGACAGAAGCCUGCCUUGCGGUAAACAAGCCGCCCAUCAGCACGCCAACAUCUGAGUCCUGGAAAAAUGGCUUCCGACUGUCAAAUUGGCCACCACAGUUCAAGACUGCCGAGCCGUAACCUCUGUGAGGUUUGCUUCUUGAGAACAAGAUUCGGCUUCCUUCUCUCAAGCAGAACAUGAGAUUAUCUGUGUUAUUAAAAAUGAAGAUGGUGUUAUGUCAGAGGCCGGGGGACAAUCCACCUUUACUGCUGUUAAU